CCGCGGCGGUUCGAACGCGUCUCUGCCGGGUUUCGCUGGUUCCUAGCGUGUUGUGUUUGAUGGUUCCACGCCCGAGGCCGGGGAGAGGGUCCGAGGCUUCCGAACGCAGGCGAGAGCGCGGCGGCCUCUAUAGUCAAGAAAUGGAACCUAAUUCACCAGGCUACUAUAAUAAAGACAAUGAAGAAGAAAGUUUGCUUGCAAAUGUUGCUUCCUUAAGACAUGAGCUGAAGAUAACAGAAUGGAGUUUGCAGAGUUUAGGGGAAGAGUUAUCCAGCGUUAGUCCAAGUGAAAAUUCUGAUUAUGCCUCUAAUCCCUCAAGGUCUGAAAGGAACAUUGUGGAAGAUCUUUCUCAGCCUAGCCAGCUUGGACUUUUGAAUUACUCACCUUAUAAAAAAGUUUGUAAACUGCCCAGUAGCAGUACUGCUUUUCAAAAAAAGCCAAGAGAUAAGAUAUCUUUUUCAUCUGCUUCCAUGGAUCAGGAAAUGAAAAGUCUUCGAGAGAAACUUAAUAAACUUAGGCAACAGAAUGCCUGUUUGGUUUCACAGAAUCAUUCUUUAAUGACUAAAAUAGAAUCUGUCCACUUUGAGUUAACGCAGUCAAGAGCAAAAGUCUCUAUGCUUGAAUCUGCUCAACAACAGGCAGCCAAUGUGCCGAUCUUAGAAGAACAGAUUAUAAAUUUGGAAGCAGAAGUUUCAGCCCAAGAUAAAGUUUUGAGAGAGGCAGAAGAUAAAUUAGAGCAGAGCCAGAAAAUGGUGAUUGAAAAGGAACAGAGUUUGCAGAAGUCCCAAGAGGAAUGUAUAAAGUUGAAGGUGGAUUUACUUGAACAAAGUAAACAAGGAAAAAGAGCUGAACGACAAAGGAAUGAAGCGCUAUAUAAUGCUGAAGAGCUGGGUAAAGCCUUUCAACAUUAUAAGGAAAAAGUGGCCGAAAAACUGGAAAAGGUUCAAGCUGAAGAAGAAAUACUAGAGAAAAAUCUAAUUAACUGCGAAAAAGAAAAUAAAAGACUACAGGAAAAGUGUGGUCUAUAUAAAAGUGAACUUGAAAUUCUGAAAGAGAAAUUAAGGCAGUUAAAAGAAGAAAAUAACAGUGGAAAAGAGAAAUUAAGGAUUAUGGCAGUGAAAAACUCAGAAGUCAUGGCACAGCUAACUGAAUCUAGACAAAGUAUUUUGAAGCUAGAGAGUGAGUUAGAGGACAAAGAUGAAAUACUUCGAGAAAAUUUUUCUGUAAUGAAUGAAAACAGAGAAUUAAAGAUCCGUAUUGCAACACAGAAUGAGCGACUAGAUUUGUGUCAGCAAGAAAUAGAAAGUUCAAGGGUGGAACUGAGAAGUCUGGAAAAAAUUAUGUCCCAGUUACCAUUAAAAAGAGAAAUGUUUGGUUUUAAAUCAUCUUUUUCUAAGCACCAGAGGAGUAGUUUGUUAAACAAGGAAGACAACUACAUUGGCUGCUGUGAGGCAAAUAAAAUGAUGAUUUCGGAAUUAAGGAUUAAGCUUGCAAUAAAAGAGGCAGAAAUUCAAAAGCUUCAGGCAAAUCUGACUGCGAAUCAGUUAUCUCACAGUCUUAUUGCUCAUAGUGACAACAAAGAAAGUGGCAAAUUAAAUCGUUUAGAAACAGAACCUAUAAAACCAGGAGAUGGUCAAGUAGCAAGUAUAAAAGAUCAAAGUCAACAUACUGUGAACAAGCAAUAUGAAAGAGAAAGACAAAGACUUGCUUUUGGAAUAGAAGAACUACGUACUAAGUUGAUGCAAAUAGAAACUGAGAAUUCUGAUUUGAAGGUUAACAUGGCCCACAGAACGAGUCAGUUUCAGUUGAUUCAAGAGGAGCUGCUAGAGAAAGCUUCAAACUCUAGCAAACUGGAAAGUGAACUUGAAUCUCAGCUAGAGAAAAAAGACCAACAAUUUAAAGAGCAAGAAAACACUAUGUCUGUGUUGCAGCAAGACAUUAUAUGCAAACAACAUCAUCUUGAAUCACUAGACAGACUAUUGACAGAAAGCAAAGGGGAAAUGGAAAAGGAAAAUAUGAAGAAAGAUGAAGCUUUGAAAGCCUUACAGAACCAAGUAUCGGAAGAAACAAUCAAGGUCAGACAGUUAGAUUCAGCGCUGGAAAUUUGUAAGGAAGAACUUGCCUUGCAUUUGAAUCAAUUGGAAGGAAAUAAAGAAAAGUUUGAAAAACAACUAAAGAAGAAAUCUGAAGAGGUAUAUUGUUUACAGAAAGAGCUAAAGAUAAAAAGUCACAGUCUUCAGGAGACCACUGAGCAAAGCGUUAUUCUACAACAUACUCUUCAGCAACAGCAGCAAAUGUUACAACAAGAGACAAUUAGAAAUGAAGAGCUAGAAGACAUUCAAACUAAACUUGAAAAACAGGUAUCAAAACUGGAACAAGAACUUCAAAAACAAAGGGAAAAUUCAGCUGAAAAGUUGAGAAAAAUGGAGGAGAAAUGUGAAGCAGCCACACAUGAAGCAGAUUUGAAAAGGCAGAAAGUUAUUGAGCUUACUGGCACUGCCAGGCAAGUAAAACUUGAGAUGGAUCAAUACAAAGAAGAGCUGUCUCAAAUGGAAAAAGAAAUAAUGCACCUAAAACGAGAUGGAGAAAAUAAAGCAAUGCAUCUUUCUCAGUUAGACAUGAUCUUAGAACAGACAAGGACAGAACUAGAUAAGAAAACAAAUGCUGUGAAGGAGUUAGAAAAGUUACAGCACCACACUGAAACUGAACUAACAGAAGCCUUGCAGAAACAGGAAGUACUAGAGACUGAACUACAAAAUGCUCAUGGAGAAUUAAAAAGUACUUUAAGACAACUCCAGGAAUUGAGAGAUGUACUGCAGAAGGCUCAAUUAUCAUUAGAGGAAAAAUAUACUACCAUAAAGGAUCUCACAGCUGAACUUAGAGAAUGCAAGAUGGAGAUUGAAGACAAAAAGCAAGAACUCCUUGAAAUGGAUCAGGCACUUAAGGAGAGAAAUUGGGAGCUAAAGCAAAGAGCAGCUCAAGUUACACAUUUGGAUAUGACUAUUCGUGAGCACAGGGGAGAAAUGGAACAGAAAAUAAUUAAAUUAGAGGGUACCCUGGAGAAAUCAGAAUUAGAACUUAAAGAAUGCAACAAACAGAUAGAAAAUUUGAAUGAAAAAUUGCAAAAUGCCAAAGAACAGCUUCGAGAAAAAGAGUUUUUAACACUGCAAAAUGAACAGGAGAUCAGUCAACUGAAAAAAGAAACUGAACGAACACAACAAAAAAUGAAAGAAAUGGAAAGUGUUAUGAAAGAGCAGGAACAGUAUAUUGCAACUCAGUAUAAGGAAGCCAUAGAUUUGGAGCAAGAAUUGAGGCUAACCCGAGAGCAGAUGCAGAACUGUCAUACAGAGUUGGUGGAGGCUCAUCGUCAACAAGUCCAAGCACAGAGAGAAACAGAAAGGCUCUCAAGUGAACUGGAGGAAGUAAAGCAACUCUCUAAAGAGAAGGAAGCUCAUGGAAACCAUUUAGCCGAAGAAUUGGGGGCUUCUAAAGUACGUGAAGCUCAUUUGGAAGCAAGAAUGCAAGCAGAAAUCAAGAAACUGUCAGCAGAACUGGAAUCUCUCAAAGAAGCUUAUCAUCUGGCGAUGAUUUCACAUCAAGAGAACCAUGAAAAGUGGAAAAUUUCUGCUGAUUCUCAAAAGACUUCUGUUCAGCAACUAAAUGAACAGUUAGAGAAGGCAAAACUAGAAUUAGAAGAAGCCCAGGACACUGUAAGCAGUUUGCACCAACAAGUCCAAGACAGAAAUGAAGUAAUUGAAGCUACAAAUGAAGCAUUACUUAUUAAAGAAUCAGAAUUAACAAGAUUACAAGCCAAAAUUUCUGGACAUGAAAGGGCAGAAGACAUCAAGUUUCUACCAGCCUCAUUUACAUCUUCAACAGAAAUUAUGCCUGACAUUCAAGAUCCAAAAUUUGCUAAACAUUCUCACACAGCUUUUUUCAAGUGUGGAAGACUGCGUCGCUCUGUUAGUGCCAGUGACCUUAGUUUCAAAACUCAUAGUGAUGAAGAUCUUUCUGAAGACUUACUAAAGGACUUAAAAAAAAUGCGAUUAGAACAACCUUCAACAUUGGAAGAAAGCCAGAAGGAUCUGACUUAUACCCCGUCAGACUCAUUUAAACCUCUCACAUAUGACCUAGAAGAUGACAGUUCUGAAAAUAAUGACUUCAGUACUCUUAGUGGAAUGCUAAGAUACAUAAACAAAGAAGUGAGACUAUUAAAAAAGUCUUCUGUGCAAACAGGUGCUGGUUUAACUCAGGGUUCAUUUCCCUUGUGCAAAUUCUUUAGAAUUGGAUGAAGACAUUGGCAAACAGGUAGGAGAAAUCUGCCCCAAAGGAAUAAUUGCUAUUGUGUUUUUCACUGCCAUUUUAUUUUGUCAAAGACAGCUUAUUUUUAACAAUUAUGUUACAGGCAA